CUUCCUGCCUGACAUAACUCACUUCAGGAAGAGCACAAUGUCAGAACGUGGAAUCAAGUGGGCUUGUGAAUACUGUACGUAUGAAAACUGGCCGUCUGCCAUCAAGUGUACUAUGUGUCGGGCCCAAAGACCAAGCGGAACAAUUAUCACAGAAGAUCCAUUUAAAAGCGGUUCAAGUGAUGUUGGUAGAGAUUGGGAUCCUUCCAGCACCGAAGGAGGAAGUAGUCCUUUGAUAUGUCCAGACUCUAGUGCAAGACCAAGGGUUAAGUCUUCGUACAGCAUGGAAAAUGCAAAUAAAUGGUCAUGCCACAUGUGCACGUAUUUGAACUGGCCGAGAGCAAUCAGAUGUACCCAGUGCUUAUCCCAGCGCAGGACCAGGAGUCCCACGGAGUCUCCUCAGUCCUCAGGGUCUGGCUCAAGGCCCGUUGCUUUUUCUGUUGACCCUUGCGAGGAGUACAACGAUAGAAAUAAACCGAACACAAGGACCCAGCACUGGACUUGUUCUGUUUGCACAUACGAAAACUGGGCCAAGGCUAAGAAAUGUGUCGUUUGCGAUCAUCCCAGACCUAAUAAUAUUGAAGCAAUAGAGUUGGCAGAGACUGAUGAGGCUUCUUCAAUAAUAAAUGAGCAAGACCGAGCCCGGUGGAGGGGAAGCUGCAGCAGUGGUAACAGCCAGAGGAGAUCGCCUCCCACUAUGAAACGGGACUCGGAGAUGAAAAUGGAUUUUCAGAGGAUUGAAUUGGCUGGUGCUGUUGGCAGCAAGGAGGAACUCGAAGUGGACUUCAAAAAACUAAAACAAAUUAAAAACAGGAUGAAAAAGACCGAUUGGCUAUUCCUCAAUGCUUGUGUGGGGGUUGUAGAAGGUGAUCUCGCUGCUAUAGAAGCGUACAAGUCCUCAGGAGGGGACAUCGCGCGUCAGCUCACUGCGGACGAGGUGCGCUUGCUGAACCGCCCUUCCGCUUUCGAUGUCGGCUACACCCUCGUCCACCUCGCCAUUCGCUUCCAGAGGCAGGACAUGCUGGCCAUCCUGCUCACGGAGGUGUCGCAACAAGCAGCAAAGUGUAUUCCUGCAAUGGUGUGUCCUGAGCUGACAGAGCAGAUCCGGCGAGAGAUCGCUGCCUCUCUUCACCAGAGAAAGGGGGACUUUGCUUGCUAUUUUCUAACUGACCUUGUAACAUUUACGUUGCCAGCAGAUAUUGAAGACUUGCCUCCAACAGUCCAAGAAAAAGUAUUUGAUGAGGUGCUUGAUAGAGAUGUUCAGAAAGAGUUAGAAGAAGAAUCUCCAAUUAUAAACUGGUCUUUGGAGUUGGCUACUCGUCUGGACAGUCGACUGUAUGCGCUUUGGAAUCGGACCGCAGGAGACUGCUUACUUGAUUCAGUGCUGCAGGCUACCUGGGGCAUUUAUGACAAGGACUCGGUGCUUCGGAAAGCCCUGCAUGACAGCCUGCAUGACUGUUCACACUGGUUUUACACACGUUGGAAAGAUUGGGAAUCGUGGUAUUCUCAGAGCUUUGGUUUGCAUUUCUCCUUGAGAGAAGAGCAGUGGCAGGAGGACUGGGCGUUCAUACUCUCUCUCGCCAGCCAGCCUGGAGCAAGCUUGGAGCAGACGCACAUUUUUGUACUUGCACAUAUUCUUAGACGACCAAUUAUAGUUUAUGGAGUAAAAUAUUAUAAGAGUUUCCGGGGAGAAACUUUAGGAUAUACUCGGUUUCAAGGUGUUUAUUUGCCUUUGUUGUGGGAACAGAGUUUUUGUUGGAAAAGUCCGAUCGCUCUGGGCUAUACAAGGGGCCACUUCUCUGCUUUGGUUGCCAUGGAAAACGAUGGCUAUGGCAACCGAGGUGCUGGUGCUAACCUGAACACGGACGACGACAUCACGGUCACCUUCCUGCCUCUGGUGGACAGCGAGAGGAAGUUACUGCACGUGCACUUUCUGUCUGCUCAGGAGCUAGGGAAUGAGGAGCAGCAGGAGAAGCUGCUCCGAGAGUGGCUGGACUGCUGUGUGACCGAGGGCGGCGUGCUGGUGGCCCUGCAGAAGAGCUCCCGGCGGCGGAGCCACCCGCUGGUCACGCACAUGGUGGAGAAGUGGCUUGACCGCUACCGGCAGAUCCGCCCGUGCACGUCCCUGUCUGACGGGGAGGAAGAUGACGAGGACGAGGACGAGUGAGGGGCCCCCCGAGCGGAGGACCAGGGACCGGGCCUGCGCCCGCAGAGCCCGCACGGUGCGCUCCGGCCCGGCCGGAACCGGAUCUGGUGGGGACCUGCCCCGAAGGGUUUUCUCAUCACACCCGGCAGCGAGGGCGGCGAGGACGCAUCUGCUGUGUGAGGAGACGGAGGACUUUGGACUGCAGUUUGUAAAGAAAAAAAGAAAAGAAAAAAGAAAAAAAAAGAAAAACCCCUAAUUUUAUUAAGACAGAACUUUUUUCCUUUCAAGUUGUAAAUCUGUCUAUAAAUGUAACGCAUGUGGUUGUGUAAGAAGUUGUGUAAUAGGACAAGUUGUACCAGCAUCUUCGUAUCAUUGAGACGUUUUCACAGCACGGGCACCUCCCAGGGCUCAUGGCAGAUGACUUAGUUCCUUCGAGAUCUUUUUUGAGUAGAACCUGGCUUUCUACUUCCACCUUAAAAGAUCCGCUUUACGUUGAGUCUCACUAGAGCUCAUCAGAGAUUGGGAAACUUUUUGUACAAAUUAUCCACAGCCACACAUAAAAAUAAAAACAAGCUUUUAUUUUAUUAAUAAUUUAGUUCCUGUUUUGCCCAAUAAAAUGAAAUCAAAUCUUUAAGGAACAAACUGCAAGGAAAGAAAAGAUUUGAGGGAACUCCAUACAGACGUCAUUCCCUUGUUUUGGAAAGGGUUUGGGUUUCUGUUCUUUAGCCUUUUUAAAAAGCUUCUGAUGUGCCCCCUUUCAGUAUUUAGGUAUUUAUUCAUUUGGAAGACUGCCCUGAAAACGCGGGUUCUUCUUCUUCGGGAGCCUGCACGGCAGUGGCCUCAGGGCCCGGCCGCCCGGCCUGGGGGAGGCGCCCCGGGUGCGGGCCAGGCCCGGUCGGGCUAAAUGAAUCAUGGGACACUUGCUCAUUGGUUCAGUUGUCAAUGUUCUGCUCCCAGAUCGCCACGCAGAGGCUCUUCGGAGGCGGUGUCAGCUCUGCUUUCAGCAAACUGUGUUAGAGAGGCAGGCCUCUGCUCGGGCUCCUUGGGAAUCCGUUAAGUGUAGAAUAAAGAUUUAAAAAAUGCAGUCAGGUGGUAAAUGCAUUGUGUAACGAAUUUCUCAGAGCAGUCUGAGGAUUUUUGCAUGUUGGUUAAUUGUGGCCAUUCUUAUUUAAAAGUUAAAACUAUAAUCUUAGAUAGAAAUCUUUUUUAUAAAAAGUAUUAUUUGACCACUUCAGGUAUAUGUUCAGUACUGGGUAAAACUUUCAGCCCUAUCUCAGGAGCACAAAGACUUCGUGUCCUGACAAGCACUUUGUAGACUAUUGAUGUGUUGAGGAAUUUGGAAAGAAGCCCCCCACCCCUGCCGCAUAUGCACACGCUUCCUUCCCUUUUGAUGAAAAGGCUGUGAAAAACCUUUCAGUACUCGUUUUCUUCUCAGUUCUGUUUAGAUGGCGUUUGGAAUGUGCACAGCCUCUGAUUUGAUGCUGGAAUACUAAAAAUAGAAGAACACCCAGGAGACUACCAUCUCUUAGUUCUUUCUCCUCGGAGAACAGCCCACACUGAAAGGUCCUUCCCGGGUGAAGGGAUUACUCUUGCUGUCUGCUGAAACUUGCAGGAAACUGGCAGUUUGAUUCCGGACGAGUGAGUGUUGAUGUAGUAAUGGUAAUCGCUACUGUUGCAGGCGGCUAGGUUUUCCUGCAGGUUGACUUGGGUUUACUUCCAUUUUGGUCAGUAAUUUUUUAGAAGGCUGUCUGACUGCUUAGCAGAGCAGCUCUAGAAACUUUUCUCCACACAUAGGAGUAAUUCUUUGUGGGGCACAGGUUCCUGUUCUAGUUGCUGGUAAGCAGGUUGCCCUCCCAAUUGAAGAAGCCAAAGAGACGUGCUGGGCAGAGAACCAUCAAGUCACUAUGGUCUACACAGCAGUCAGUGCUGUCCAGGAAUCCUUGGCUCAGUGUUCGCCUGUGUGUGGUGGUCUGCUGAGUGGUUCCCCCGAGGGGCCUCUUUAUUUAUUUACUUCUGAACCGUGAUCCUGACCACGCCUAGUUUAACAGGUACAGCGUUCUUCCCCGUGGGAAAGGUAGAGGAUGGCAUUUCCUAGGCUCCGGACAGGGGUGGGGGUGGGGCUUUAACUAGGUUUCCUCACCCAGGGGCUGGAAAGGGCCAAAAUGUUGGUCAGUGCUGUGUUCAGCUCUUGAACGAUUAAGCAGCCAGAGCUGUCGUCCCAAGGAGAGUGUGUGGUCCUUUCUCAAAGGUCACUGUCUUGGUGGACUCUGGACAGGAAUACCAGAACUGUAUGGACUUGACUUUGGUUUGUUUUUUUUUUUAAGGGAGAAUACAGUGUGGAGUUUUCUGUUCUAAUUAAACAAAACCUAGGUGAACCACAGACCUGAAACCUGCCUUUUUGUGGUUUUUGACUCUGGGCUCUCCAUGUCCCAGAUUCCAUCUGCGUUAAUGGAGCGCUGCUGUGUUUGCUUCUGGGCAUGUGUCACACCCUUGUUGCCAACUCCUGGCAUGCUUAGCUCCCGCCUGGUUUCCUGGAGGAGUGGGUCAGUAGCCACGUGCUCCACGUCUGCCCAUAGGAGGCUGCUGUAACGGGAAUUUCCUGGGAGGGCUGGGACGGGACCACCUCCCUCACAGGAGCGAGGGAGGUGGAUGCCUCUAAGACAUCCUUAACAGGGAGAGAAAGGGAGUUUGGUACUUGGAAUUGGACUCGCUGACUGCCUACUACUUGCAGAUGCCACUCGUACAAAGGGGUUUGAUGCUAUUUAAAAAGGAAAAUCCUUUAAAUCACCUUGCUGUUAAUUAUUUUGCAACAUUUGUUUGUAAAUAUCAUUUCAAAGAAUUUUGAGAUCCACUUCCCUUCCUGCAUUACUGCUUGAGCCAGGUAAUUUUGCUUUUGGGUAAAUUAAAAUCAAAACUCUAACUUGA